AUGAUCAGGAUAUGGGAGCUUGAUUGGCUCUCUCGUGCCUCACAUUUCCAGAUGGGUGAAUUUAAAUGUUCUUAGUUUACCUGCUGUGUACCACAGGAUACAUCCACCCAUGGAUGACCUGGUUGGUCUGGACAGAUUGGUGGACAACACAGCAUACCUGAGGGCUUUGGAGAGUGAUCGCAACAAACUGAGAUUGCAGCGAGUACCCCUGAUGCUGCCCAAGCCAAAGAGGUUCUCUGCUCUAUGGGCAGCAGCCGAGAAGACCUAUGAGUCACUUUGUGAGCAACAGCCUAUUGGGAGGAAGUUGUUUCAGCAGUUUCUCUUGACCUCUGACCCACAGUGUGUGGCUGCCGCUAAAUUCCUGGACGAGCUGAGUGACUGGAGCUUUGCUGAGGAUGGAACCAAAGAAAAGGCCAACCAGAGGAUACUGUCAAAGUUUUGUCAGCCUCAGUCUCAGACUUUCCUGUCCUACCUCACAGCAGAGGAUGUCAAGCUGUGCUUGUCUCAUUCAGACAAAAACGGCGAGGCAGCCAUGGAGCUGAUGAGAGAAGCAACUAGAAAGUUCCUGAAAGAAAGACCUUUCUUGGAGUAUAUGAAAAGCCCUUUCUUUUAUAGGUUUCUGCAGUGGAAGGAGUGCGAGAGGCAGCAGAUUACUGAUAGAUAUUUUUACGAGUUCAGGACUUUGGGCAGAGGUGGCUUCGGUGAGGUGUGUGCGGUGCAGGUCAAAUACACGGGCCAGAUGUACGCCUGCAAGAAGCUGGAGAAGAAGCGCCUGAAGAAGAAAGGAGGUGAGAGGCUGGCCCUUGUGGAGAAGCAGAUCCUGGAGAAGGUCAACAGCGCCUUCAUUGUGAACCUGGCCUACGCUUACCAAAGCAAAACCCACCUGUGCCUGGUCAUGAACCUAAUGUCGGGGGGAGACCUCAGGUUUCAUAUCUAUGAGUUAGGCCAGAGAGGCAUCCGCAUGGAGCGUGUUGUUUAUUAUGCAGCCCAAAUUAUCACCGGCAUUCUCCACCUGCACUCCAUGGACAUAGUGUAUCGAGACCUGAAGCCUGAGAACAUUCUGUUGGAUGGGAAGGGCCAGUGCCGACUGUCAGACCUGGGACUGGCUGUGGAGCUGCCAAAAGGAAAAAUGAGCUGCCAAAGGGCUGGUACAACUGGCUACAUGGCUCCAGAGGUCCUGAAGCAGGAGUACUACCGCACAUCUGUGGACUGGUGGGCUCUGGGGUGCAGCAUUUAUGAGAUGGUGGCUGGUCGUUUGCCUUUUAAAGACUUCAGGGAAAAGGUACAGAACAACGAGGUGACUCGUCGUACUCUGGAGGACGAUUGCAAGUUUGAAGGCAAAUGCUUUGACGGUCCAACCAAAGAUAUAAUCAACCACUUUCUCAAGAAGAAGGUUGUGUUUCGCCUUGGCUGCCGCAGUAGAGAUGACGACCCAAGGACUCACACAUUUUUCAGAAAUAUCAAUUUCCACCGUCUAGAGGCAGGACUGGUGGAGCCCCCCUGGGUGCCAAAACCUAAUGUGGUCUACUCCAAAGACACUGAGGACUUUAGAGACAACUCUGAGAUCAAGGAUGUCAAGCUUGAUGCUAAGGAUGAGAAAUUCUUCAAGGAGUUCAGCACGGGUGCAGUCUCCGUCUGCUGGCAGUGGGAGAUGAUUGACAGUGGAGUGUUUGAUGAAGUGAAUAACCCUGAAGUAAACGGACAUGGCCCUGAGAAUGUGUGGACAUCCAGGAUGUGUAUCAUUUUGUGAGAUUCUUCUCACCUGACCAGCACGUAUGGUUGGAUUUCUUUACUUGACAAGUUGUGAAAUUGGAUUUUUUUUUUAUAUUCUAAGUGCUAUGCGCUAAAUUAGGCUGCUCAGAAACAUUUUAGGCACUUGUCUUUAUCCUUAAGACCAACACAUUUCUGUUCUAUAGUAGUGCUAGAAAGGUUUAUAUAACAAAAUCCCAGAGCCAAACACAAUAACACAUUAGUCACAAAAGUUAGGUGAAACAACAGCAUGUAAAUGCAUAUAAGGGCUCUGCUGCUUCAUACUUUGUCCUUUAUUCCUGGUUAGACAGUCUUUCCCAGUGGGUUCAUAGUUUCCAUUACAUCAUGCUUCCAUUUCAGCAGGCAAUUGUUUGCAUCUGUUGGUAAACAAGGUGGAUAAUGGUUGUGGGUCACCGACAAACUGUUGUGUUAUCGGUAUUUGCAGUUAAAUCUCAUAAUUCUUAUAAACAAUAAUGUGCCAAAUACCAAUAGGGCCUUUUGGUUGUGAUAAGGCAAAGCCACAUGCAGUGAAUGAUGUAAAUCCACUCAGUGGCAGACAUUCACCACUAAGUGCCGCCAGAUACCAACAAAGUGCUUGAAGCCUCCAGAUUACUUCUCAGCAAUCCCACGGUCCUGAUUGUGUUGGUCUGGUAUUUACAAGGAUUUACUCAUUUUCUAAUAAUGAACCCAGAAAAAAACAACAUUGUCCACAUAUUGCUUUUUCCCCUUAGAAAGAAAAUGGCAGCAAAAAGCCAGCGUCAAACUCCUAUUAAUGGGGAUUGUUUUAUUUAGCUUUCAUAAUAGGUUACUUUGUGGAUACAUAGUUUUCCUGCAUCAAAAAACUUCCUAUUAUGUGACUAAAACAUUGAGCUAACAGUUUUAAUAGUUUAUCCUGUGGUUAGGGCAAUGUUUCAUCUUACAAAUUUAGCAAAUUAAUUUAAACUCAUUAUGCAGACCUAACGAUUUAAAGUGUCACCCACAUGUUUAGAAAUAGUUUCAACUCUUAACACAAACUGCAAGCUAACAAUGUCUACUCUGUCUUAUAAGUAAACCUUUCACCAUAAAAUAAAAAAUAUUACACAAAUAACACAUUAGCCACACUUUUGUAGCUAACAAUUUAAAAUAGUAUCUAUUUGUUUAGAGUAAAUAUAACCAAUUUCACCUGUAAAUUCUUUCUAACAGUUUUCGCAAUUUGAUAAAAAUGUAAAUUCGUUAUCCAUGAUUGCUUAACUACCAAUUUUGAGUGGUGACUUUUGUAAAGUAUACAUAUUUGUUUUAAAGCUAGUCAUUUAAUAUGCCACCAACAAAUUUAUAAAAAGUUUAAAAUAUUAUUGCAAAAUGUUAGCUAACAACAUCUAAUGUUUCGACAAACUGAGAUGUUUAGCUAAACGUUGAAAUACACUGAAGAAUUAGCUUUUUUAUUAAAAAAAUGUAUACAUAGAUAUGCACCUGUAAAAUCAAACUUUAGCUAAAAUACCCUUCUAACAGCUAACCAUUUUCCGAAAAGGUGGAACGCCAUACCUUUUGGCUAUAGACGCUACCACAUCCAUCGUCUAUAACCGCUUCUUCCAUACUGGGUCACGGGGAAGCUGGUGUCUAUCUCCAGCAGUAUACGGGCGAAAGAUGGGGUACACCCUGGACAGGUCACCAGUCCAUCACAGGGCAACACACAUGACAAACAACCACGCACACACCAAAGGGCAAUUUAAAGAGACCAGUUUACCUAACAGUCAUGUUUUUGUACUGUGGGUGGAAGCCAGAGUACCCAGAGAGAAUCUAUGCAUGCAGGGAGAGCAUGCAAACUGAAAAAUGGAAGUGUUAAUCAUUUAUUUUCAUCAAUCCACAAAAUGCAGUGAAUGAACAAAAGAGAAAUCUAAAUCAAAUCAAUAUAUGGUGUGACCACCCUUUGCCUUCAAAACAGCAUCAAUUCUUCUAGCUACACUUGCACACAGUUUUUGAAGGAACUGGGCUGGUAGGUUGUUCCAAACAUUUUAGAGAACUAACCACUGAUCCUCUGUGGAUGUAGGCUUGUCUCUUCAUGUAAUCCCAGACACACUCCAUGAUGUUGAGAUCAGGGCUCUGUGGGGGCCAUUUCACUACUUCCAGUAAGUCUUGUUCUUCUUUAUGCUGAAGAUAUUAAUGACUUUGGCGGGUUUGCUCACUUAGCAUUUUAUAAAUUGAUAAAAAUAAAUAAUCAUCAAUAUUUCUAAAAGCAUUCUUUGUUCACAGCAUUUUUUCACACCUGCCUAAAACUUUUGCACAGUACAUUAUGUUUAAUUGUUUAAUUGUUCAAAGAGAUCACAGUCUAUUGCUGGAGGUGGAUGAAGAUAAUGCAAUUAGGCUAUAAAAGGAGUAGAUUAGAGCACCUAAGGAAGCAGAAGACUCCCCAGUGGCAUAUAUUUUGUUUAAAACAUCAAAAUAAACAUUUUUAGCUAAAAAAAAAAAGCAAUCACAAUCACUUUUUUCAUUUGGACAUAUUUUCAUCUUAACAUUGUUCACAGAAAUGUAUAAAACUGUUAGUAGCACUUUAUCAUUAUGCCUUUUAAUUAUGAAGAUAAAUCUGUACUUCAAAAAAAUAAAAUACAUCGAUGAAAAAAGUUGGCAACAUAGUUUUUUGACCCUUGACAGCAUGUCAUGAACAAUGCAAGCAUAAAAAUGCAUUCUUUAAAAUGUUUUUUUAUAGGCUUUACCCUCUGAAGUCGGCUCAGAAUUACCUGGUUCGUUAGGAAUCACAGCAAUUAAGAGCAGUGGGGAGAAGAGACUCUGGAAAUCUCACAAAAUGUCUGCCAUCAACAGUUUGUUAAAUAGAUGAGUAUGAGAGGAGCCACACAAGAGCUGACCUGCAGGAGGGAUGUGGCCAAAUUAAAUUCUGGUAAAAACAGGCAAUGUUCUGCAGUUGAUGCCUUGAAUCGUCCCGGGUACUGCAGGUGGCUCAAAUGUCUCUCCUUAUGCCUGAAAGAAAAAGUGUUGUAUGUGCAUGUCUUUACUUUUACUCUCCGAGUGUCAAAUAUAAUUUUGGAAGUAAUAUAAAAUUAUUUUUUUCUUGCCAUGUGUUGUGGCUUGUUGAGAUUCUCCUGUUUUAAUGAGACUUUUUGACUAAUGCAUUUCAAAUAUGUGUGUGCUUUGUUUUUUAUAUUUCUACUAAAUGUAAAAGUAUUCAUAUUCACUUUAAAUUAUUUAAAGGAUAAUGUUGCACUUCUCAUUGUUAGAGAAAAGCAAAGCACUGUAAGAAAGAUGAUUGCUGAUGACAAGUAAAUCUUUAAAGUUAUUGCAAUAAAAGUUCUGAAUUAUUUUUA